AUGUAUGUCGGGAUAGAUAUCACUAUGUCCUAACAUUUACCUAGCAAUAGCAGAGAUCACAUUGCCUAAUAAGGUAUAACUUCCGUCGAAGAUAGUCAGAUGUAUUAUAAUUCCGAGAUCACAAAGAAUAUAGGAUUUCCUUGGCCUGACCUAAAGUUGAUGCACCAAUAGGUGCUUGCUUUUUUGUGAAGACAUGGACACACUUUAAAGGGAGCUAGUAUCGCCUUUGAAUGGUGCUUAGUCUCCUGCUGCGCUUCCGUAAAUCUGUGAUUGCGUCUAUCGUGAACAAAGCUUGCGCAUCAAGAUGAAGCUUUCAGUAACCCUAUGGUCACUCUCCGCGACCCUAGCCUAUGCAUCAUGGGUUCCCACUUCAGCAGCGCUACCUGGAGACCACGAGCCACAUUGGCAGAAGCGCAUAAGUCGUCGUCAAGGAAACUCCUCUUCGCAAUGGCCUUACGGUCCCCUUAGAACUAAAGGCAGAGAUAUCGUCAACAGUCGAGACGAGACGAUCACUUGGGCCGGUGUCAAUUGGCCAAUGAGUGGUGAGACAAUGAUACCAGAAGGAUUAGAAUGGAAAUCCGCUGAGGCAAUCCUGGAUGACGUUGUUAGCGUUGGCUUCAAUUUCCUCCGUAUGGGUUAUGCGAUCCAGAUGGUCGACGAAAUAUACGAUCGAGGAGGCGAGGACGUGCCCCUAGAGGUUGCUAUGAUCAUGGCUCUAGGUUACGAAAACGGUACAAAGGUCACCAACGACAUUAUUUCCAAGAAUCCUACUUGGACCCGUGAGACAACUCGUUUUGAGAUCUGGUCUGAUAUCGCUAGCAUCGCCGCGUCCAAAGGUGUAUAUAUCCACCCCGAUGUCCACGUCGGCAAAGCGCAAUGGUGUUGCAGCCAUACCGACGGAAACGCCUGGUUUGACGACGUAAACUUUAACGCUUCCAACUGGCGGAGGGGACUCUCAUAUGUGGCAACAUGGGCUAAGGACCACCCUAACGUCGUCUCUCUGUCACUACGAAACGAGCUGCGCGAAUCCUGGAACCGCACUGACUUGUACUACAACUGGGAGACACUCGUGGGUAACAUGAGCACGGGAGCCGACGCAAUUCACGAGGCUAACUCGGAUCUGCUCAUCACGUGGUCAGGUAUGCAAUACGACGAGGACCUAUCCGCCCUGACGACUAAGAAGAAUAUUCUUACGGCUCCCUGUUACAAGUGCACGGCGAUUCGCGACGCAUACCGCCGCGACCCUGUCUACUUCGACCUCGAUAGCUACCCGUGGGCGGACAAGAUCGUGUGGGAGCUGCACCUAUAUCCGAUGAGCGAGGACGUAGACACGGGAACCUGCGAGGUGAUAGAGGCGGGCCUGUACCGUAACGGCUUUAACGCGCUGGGUAUCGACAAACCACCCGGAUGCAGCAUUACUGGAGACUGUCAGUCGACGCAGCGACUUACGCCCGUCAUAUUCUCCGAGUUCGGCAACGCCCAGGACGUCACGCUAUACAACAGCACGGUGCAGAACUGUAUCCGCGACUUCACCAAGAAACAUAGCAUCGGCUGGAUGAUGUGGAGUUUGGCAGGCAGCUAUCGCGUCCGAUCUGGUGUUCAGAACUUCGUUGAUACCUGGGGCUUGACUAACGCAGAAUGGUCUGCCUGGAAGGAUCCGGAUACGAUCGAGAAUUACUGGAAGCCAUGGGUUGGGGAUAUGAAUCUCACGAGAGCUAAAUAAGAUGGAAACUAGACACUCUGUAAGAUAUCUAGGCAAGGUGUAUCGUAGGAAAUACCAUGUUAAUAAGUCACCAUUUUUAAACUUCAAAACGGAC